AAAGGAGAAUAUACGAAGGAAGGGCCAAGGGGGAACUCAAAACUCAGUCUCGUCGUCCCUCUCUCUGCCUUCAUAUAAAUACAGAGCAAACAGCCUUCACUCUGAAACUUCAACUUCAUUAAGCCGAUUCCAGUUUUUGCCCCCAAAACAUAUUUAUCCGCUCUCUUGUUUUCCUUAGUUUCCCUCGCUUUCUCUUCGAGUUGCGGCGUUCUGUUCUGUUCGCCUCCCCAAACUAGGUUUCCGACUCCAAAAUGGUCGCCGAAAAGGGGAAGAAAUCGAAGGUGGCCGACAAAGUUGAGGACGACGAGGCUGAUCACAUUGACGUCGAGCUCGUCCAAUUUAUCGAGAAGUUACAGGAGGUUCAAGACGAGCUCGAGAAGGUUAAUGAAGAAGCAGGUGACAAAGUUUUGGAAGUUGAACAGAAAUAUAAUGAGAUAAGGCAGCCUGUUUAUGUGAAACGGAAUGAGAUUAUCAAAACUAUUCCAGACUUCUGGUUAACUGCUUUCUUGAGUCAUCCUGCACUUUGCGAUCUUUUGUCAGAAGAAGAUCAGAAGAUCUUUAGGCAUUUAGCUUCUCUUGAAGUGGAGGAUCAAAAGGAUGUAAAGAUGGGCUACUCCAUCAUAUUUAAUUUCAAUGAGAAUCCUCAUUUUGAAGAUAGAAGGCUUGAGAAGACAUAUACAUUCUUUGAAGAUGGGGCAAUUAAAAUUACUGGAACAACAAUCAAGUGGAAGGAUGGCUCGGGCACAUCAAAUGGAGUUAAUGGUGAGAAGAAAGGGAAGAAGCGACCCCUGGCUGAAGACAGCUUCUUCAGUUGGUUUGGGGAGACCGAACAAAAAGAUAUCACUGAGCUUCAUGAUGAGGUAGCUGAGAUAAUUAAAGAGGACUUAUGGCCCAAUCCUUUGAAAUAUUUCAACAAUGAUAUCGACGAAGAUGAAGAGGACUCUGAUGGAGAAGAUGAGGAUGAGGAGGAAAAUGGAGAUGACGAUGACGAUGGUGAAGACUGAAACGUAGAGGACAGACCCAUGAUAGACCUCCCUCGGGGAGCUCAGAUACGGCAUUGCUUUCAACCAUAGGUACCUUUUUCUUUUCUUUCUUUCCUUAUUUAUGUUGACCUAGGAUGUCAAUUGUUCCAAUCUGUGAUAUUUGUUAAAGCACUUUUGCCAAAUUUAUACAUCAAUGUGUUAUUUAUCUUCUAGGCUAUUUUUCGCCUACCCUUGUCAUUAAAUACAAAGCCCCAUCAUUUCAUUAGAGAUGUCUCUAUUUUCCAUUUCUUGCCACAAUAUUGUUUCCUGAAAAGGAUGGGGACUGAUCAACAUAUUAGUAUGGAAGUACUUUUUCAACAUUUUGAA